GACGAGAUUUUUGAAUCGAGUGUGCAAUUGUAACUGCAAAGGGGACCAAUCGAAAGCUGCUAUUAGAAACACUGCCAAGAUGGAUGUAUUUAUGAAGGGUUUGUCUAAAGCUAAGGAGGGGAUGGCUGUGGCCGCAGAGAAGACCAAAGAAGGCGUAGCUGUUGCAGCUGAGAAGACUAAAGAAGGAGUCAUGUUUGUAGGUUCCAAGGCUAAAGACGGCGUUGGCUCAGUGGCCGAGAGGACCCAUGGAGCGAUGGGCAACAUCGCUGCAGCCACUGGCCUGGUGAAGAAGGAUGAGUUCCCCACAGACAUGAACCCUGAGGAGUACGGCCAGGAGGCUACAGAGGGCCAGGAGGGGAUGCUAGAGCCAGAAGGACAAACGUAUGACGAGAGCCAGCAGGACUACGAACCAGAAGCAUAAAGCCAUCCCUGACCGCCCCCAACACAACCAGCAGCACAAUUAUAUUUCUGACAAUAAAACGGACACACGCCGACUACAUGUCCCACACAAUAAUAAUACCCUCAUUGCAAAAAAGAAAACGAACGAAAAAUAAAAAAUCGGUGCAUUCCCUCAGAACAUAAGAAAAAAAAAGUUCUUCCUUCAAGACCAAUCUUUUAUUAUUCGAUAUUGUAAAUGUCAUGUUACUCAUGUGAUGUGUUGGGUGUAGGUAUUUAUUGAGCGGUAGGACUGCCCUGCCGCACUCAUUUCCUUGAAUCCCUCCCAAUGAAAUGAGUCCGGAACCGGGGCUUGUGACUCUGUACUCGUGCGUAUUUAGAAACAUGUGCAAUAGAUGUAUUCCUCAGCUUCCAACCGACGGGAGUUGAAAAGAUUAACAAUAAAUUAAGUCUAUUUGCAAGCAGAUAGGAUUGCAUCGAUAUCCUCUCUAAGUGUGUUUAAACUGCCUGUUUGUGGGUUUUCUCUUUUGCAUUGAUUUGAAAAAGUUAUUUAUUUAAAGGUUUUUUGAAGUAAGAGUUUUAUACAUUGUAUCUUUAUAGUUACUCGUGAAUCAUUCCAGUUAGUUAUUUGUUAGAAAUGGAAAAACGAUACAUAUUUGUGUGUGUGCGCGUGUGGGUGUGUUUGUUUGUGUGUUCUGAAGAUUUUAAAGUCAACCUGUAAUGUCUGGAGAUCAUCACGGUUAUCAUAACAAUAUGUGCUUUAAAAUACAGGACGUGUCAAUAUAACGAUGUAUAAUGUGUCAAGCCAGACAAACAAAUCCUCUGU